AUGCAGCAAACCCCUGCGAGCGGUUCUGGGAAGAACCAGCUGCAGCUGCCGGUCUUGCAAGAGAACACGGACCCCUUGAGCCAUUUGCCAGUCUACAUCGACGUCGUCGGCAAGAAGCUCGACAAGUGUUCGGAGAUGAAGGAGAAACUCGAGUCUAUGAAUACGGCACGUGGCCAGAAGCUGGCUGAGGAAAUGGAUACACAGCUGACGAAGUACCAGGAGAUCUAUGACAAGCUGAUCGAGGUCCAGGGCAACAUCAUGGACAAUCCUUCGAAGUCCUGGAAGGACGCACUUGUCAAGCAGUUUGUCAACUGCACCAAAGCGGACGUUGCAAUCAACAACCUGCUGAGUGUGAAAGCCCCGGCAUCGAAGAAAGACAAGGAGAGCCCGGAGAAGAAGCCUGGCAAGAAGAAGGGCAAGGACAAGAAGGAUAAGCCGCCGAAAAAGGAAGCCAAGAAAGAGCGUGGACGCACUCUGAGGCGGCUUCUGGGGCCAGGCCAAGAGGAUGAUGACGACGAGGAUGCAGAGCUGGCGCAGGAACUGAUGCAUGAUUACCUUUCGGGAGACUGGAAGUAUUUGCGCCAGGAUUGGCAUGUUCUUUCGAAAGAUGCAAGCUGGCGGGACACUAUCGGCUGCCGAACAAACAGCCCUCACAAGACUGGUGAUAUCCCUUUGUUUCGAAUUCCGGGAUUGGAGACGAAUACAAUCAUGACAGAUCCUAUGCACACAUUUCAUCUGGGCUGGGGCCAGGAUUUGGCUGCUAGUGGACUGAUCCUUUUAUGCCGUCUGCAAGAGUUCGGGAAUGACCGUGUGCUGAAUAGCCGAUUGCAUCGAGCAUACACAAACUUCGUGGCCUACUGUGUUAGGGGUUCCAACAAUGACUGGCCGACAUCUCUUGGUGGCAAGGCUUAUGAUACCUUUUUGGUUCUGGCUUGGAUGGAGGACCACCUCGAGAACUCGGUUUCUUAUUCUGCAAGCUUGAGGAUGAGCUUUGAGCCCUUUCAAACCCUAGAAGUAAAGUAUAUCCCAACUAUUUCAAAGCCAAGCCCUCAACUCCAAACCGAACGAGUUAUUCUAAGGCAAACCAGGAUCCUGAUGUGCAGACCCUGCGAUACACGGUGA